CGAAAUUCAAAAUGGCGGAAGUUUGAGUGAAAGUGCGAAGUCGAUCAGCUGUUUAUGGAUUUUUCCGUUAUUUCUCGACUUACCAGGCCGAUGGACGACAGAUGGCGAGUUCUGAAGAGUCAGACAUAUAUGCGGAGUCGGUAGCAGAGACCAAGAGGAGAAAGGAGAAACGGAAGGCAUCAGCCAGACUGUUUGGUGAUGUUCUCUCAUCAGCACCCAGCAGUGCAAGGAGCCAGGGUUUGUCUGAUACACAGCAGAGCGACAGAUCACCUCGGAGAUCAAAGUCCAGAUUCUCCCCAGAGGGUCUGACCAGCAGUGAGAGGAAAUACUACAACCGAGCCCUGAAGGACCUUUAUGAGAUUAUCAAGAUCAGCAGCAACAGGCUGGAUCUGUCGGGAAGUAUGGAUGACAGAGAUGCUGACUACCAGGGCACUGACGGGGAUUAUGAUCAGGACCCUACAGUGCUGGAGGAAGAGGAGACCUUCAUGCCCACCGAGUCGCUGAGCCUCCCCACCCUCCGGUCUAGCAUGUCUAGUCUGAACGACAAGGACUUUGACAUAUCACAGAAAACAGAAAUAAUGGACAACCCUACAGUACUGGAGGAAGAAGAGACCUUCAUGCCCACCGAGUCGCUGACCCUCCCCACCCUGCGGUCCAGCAUGUCCAGUCUGAAUGACGAGGACUUCGACCCCCUGAAGGUCCGCAGGUUCCACAGGAAACACUCAGCCAGGAGGAGAGACGACCGAGGCGGGCCGCCUGCUUCUGGGAACGUCAAGAAGGUCUACAAGGAGCUGGUGUCCAUCAACAACAAACUACAGGAGGAGAAUGCACUGCUCCAUGAGAGGCAGGAGGAGCUGGGCAGGAGAGAGCUGCUGGUGCUGGAGAGGGAGAGGGCUCUGGAUGAGAUAGAGGAGCAACAUGGAGACCUGAACAAACACUGGGCCAUCAUGCAACAUAAACAUAAGAGAGAGGUUGAACAGUGGGAGGAGGCCUUGAGGGACAGGACGAAGGAAAACAAGAGACUUCAGCACUCGUUUGAGGUCAUGAAGCAGGCUAACGACCAACUCAGGAAACAGUUAACAGAGGUGCAGGAGUUGAAGAAGAAGCUAGAGGUUCAGGCCAGCAGUCUGGAGAGGAGGGUGGUCAAUCUGCAGAGGAAGCAGCAGUUUACAGAGAGACAGAAGGGAGUGGAGAACAUCCCACCUCCACAACAACCUGACACCAAACCUGCAAAACCUGUCAAGGAACCAACCAGCAAAGGCACUGACUCAACUGUGGCCAAACCUAAGCCCAGCGGCCUGUUGGAGAUGCUAGCCGUGCUGUUAGACUGGGUGUGUGAGGCUAACCUGCAGCAGCAACAACAGUCUGACGGGAGAUCCACUCCGCUCAUCAGUCUACCUGCACCUGAGCUUAUACAGGACAGGUGUAUCAAGGUGCUGCCCCACCUGAGUGAGCUGUUGCACCAGGUGUCCACAAGUCACACCAGGCUGCACCUGCCCUGUCUGCAGUUUGUGUUCUGGGCCAUGUUCAACAUACAGCAUGUUUCCUCUCUACUCCAGCACGUGUUGCUGUCGGCCACGUACCGGCGUCUAGGUGAGGAGCUGUACAGACCCACCGUGGUACGCUUCACGGAGGGGGAGAAGAGCCCCGGAGGAACGGUCCACUCCCCUCGCGGGGGGAAGCCGCGCACUGGGGUCUACUUCAAGAGCGGCAACCUGCAAGUGCGACUGCUGUCUGCGCUCAUUGUACUGAAAACUCUGCUGCAGGUGGACUACCUGGCCCAUGUGUUUGAAGUGCUGAGGAAUGACCUUAGACUGGAAAAGUGCAAAGAGCUGUUCCUCCACUACCAGGGUGUACAGGUCAUCCUGCCCUUCGUUAAAGGAGGAAACAAGGCUCUGAUGGGAAGUGCAGUGGACGUUCUUCUCCAGUUGUCAACAGAGUCAGCCGUGUUACCCAGGUUCCUGGACAGCUGUAGCAAUGAGAGCUGGUUCCGAGCCUGUGCACUGUUGCUGAGAACUCCCAACCUGGACAUAAAACUGUUGGAGAAACUCAGCAUCAUCCUGCAGAAACUCUCCAAGAUCAAAGCCAAUAAGAAGUAUUUCGAGGUGUUCACCAUCGGAAACAUGCUCCAUGAGAUGUAUCGUACCUGCGACCCUCAGCAGGAGUUCCUGGCCCUCAACCUCCGGUCCAUCCUCCACAACCUCGGCAUGCUCAAGGCACAGUGAUUGAUCGGGCCCGGGUUGGAGAUCUUCACAGGGAUUAAUGCCUCCGGUAAGCUCCAGACUCCACGGACCAAUAAUCUUCCCCGUGUGGAAAAUGCAAGGUGGAACAUUACUUUGCUUAGUAUCAAGAGUUUACUUUUAGAUCAGUUGGAGAGCAUGGUUACAAAGGAUGGAAGUGUUAAAUGAUUAAAUUUGUGGAUAAUUUCUCUAAUUGUAGUUAA